CAUAUACACACACACAGCACACACACACACACACACACACACACACCAAGUAAUUCGUCAAAGAAGGUUAGGAAUUGCUGCCGGCGGUCACAUGGUUUAAACGUUCAGGUGUGUAGCCACUGCCACAGGACUUUACGCAUUUGCACUGUCCAAACGAAGUGUGAAUGCUAGGAGAUACGAGAUUAUGAAAGCUAGACAACGUAUACGUGAUGCUAAUGUUGUAGACUAAUCUGUUAUCAAGAAAUCAAGAGAGAUAUAAAGUGCAUAACUUGAAGAAUGGCAGAACUACCACAAUUGGAUGAAGAUAAGCUUAAGUUGGUACAGCAGUUGGAGAUAGAAAUGAUGUCAGACAUGUAUAACCGUAUGACAUCUGCGUGUCAUAGAAAAUGUAUCGCACCAAAGUAUACUGAGGCCGAGCUGGGUAAAGGAGAAUCGAUAUGUCUAGAUCGUUGUAUCGCCAAAUAUCUAGAUGUUCACGAACGUAUCGGCAAGAAGCUCACACAAAUUUCAAUGCAAGAAAGAAAGCUGCAGAGCAAUCAAAGACAAGUUGAAUUGAUUACUACUUUAGUUUCAUUUCACACGUACUUUUACAACCUUAUAAGAAGUCUAACUUCCCUUCAGUUAAUGUACAGUUUCUAAAGAAUCUGUAACUCAAAUGAAUUAAGAGUUGAGAUGUAAAAUGUGACGUCAUAGCAACUUGUAUUUAAUUCGGUUUAUGAAUAAACUGAACUUUAUGAGAUGUUAAA